AUGUCUCCAUCAGCAGUGACCCCUCCAGAACCAGCCUCAACGCCGGCUGCAACGGUCCUCGGACCGCCCAUGGACGCUGAAGGAAACGCGACCGGGAUACCACCAGCAGAGACGACACAUUCUUCCUCCCCUUCCCACCACGAUAAGAAGGAGCAUGAAGAAUACCAGUACCUCAAUCUCAUCCGCACGAUCCUGUCGACAGGCGAGUUCCGUCCCGAUCGGACGGGCACGGGCACGCGCUCCAUCUUUGCGCCGCCGCAGCUGCGCUUCUCGCUGUCGAAACGGAACGAGAAAGGCGAAAUCGUCCCCAUCCUGCCUCUCCUGACGACCAAGCGGGUGUUCCUCCGCGCCGUCAUCGCCGAGCUCCUCUGGUUCAUCUCCGGCUGCACGUCGUCCAUCCCGCUCAGCGAAAAGGGCAUCAAGAUCUGGGACGGCAACGGCAGCCGCGAGUUCCUCGACAGCGUGGGCCUCUCGCACCGCGCUGUGGGUGACCUGGGCCCUAUCUACGGGUUUCAGUGGCGGCACUUUGGCGCCGAGUAUGUCGAUGCCAAUACGGACUACACAGGCCAGGGCGUCGACCAGCUGGCCGAGGUGGUGCGCAAACUCAAGGAGACACCGUACGACCGCCGCAUCAUCCUGAGCGCCUGGAACCCGGCCGAUCUGAAGAAGAUGGCCCUGCCGCCGUGCCACAUGUUUGCGCAGUUUUACGUCUCGUAUCCUGAGGCUCGUUCGGAGAGUGCUCAAGACCAACAACAGACAGGCAAGAAGCAAAAAGGCUUCCUGUCCUGCCUCCUGUACCAGCGCUCCUGCGACAUGGGCCUCGGCGUGCCCUUCAACAUCGCGUCGUACGCGCUGCUGACGCACAUGAUCGCGCACGCCACGGACCUCGAGCCCGGCACGCUCAUCCACACCAUGGGCGACGCCCACGUGUACCUGGACCACAUCGACGCGCUGAACGAGCAGCUGACGCGCGAGCCGACCGAGUUCCCGGAGCUGCGGAUUCGACGCGACGAUCGCGGCAGCGGCGUCGUCGACGGGUGGAAGGAGGAGGACUUUGAGGUGAUUGGGUACAAGCCGCACCCGCCGAUCAAGAUGAAGAUGAGUAUUAUUGUUAUGAUUGCAGAUCGCUAG